AUGCAUCUUUGCGGUAGCGAUGUACCCAUGAUUCGUCGAGUCAGUGAUACUGAACAUGGCAGAUUGCCUGUCGUACGUGACGAUCGGAAGCACGGUGAAGAAGCCGAAGGAACAUGUUGCUCGGGGAUUAAAUCGGUGUUGAGAACAGACGCACAUUAUUUGUGUGAAGCGUUCAAAAACAGUGCACAAUUGGGCACAUCGCUGAAUGCCACCAAAGCCCUAGCUUUGCCUGCUGCUUGCGAUAUUAACGCUCCAUCUGUUACUAACUGUGGAAUUAAGCCUAUCUAG